GUCGUGCCAAACAAGCGCUCGCUGACCACCACCUCCUGAGACGAUGCAGCGACUCAGGUCGACGUUCAGUGGGAAUGCGUGCCUGAAAGAGUAUGACGUGGGUACACACGUCGCCAGUGCAGGGACAUGCUUGCUGUGGAGGGUGCACGACGCCGUUCACCGCGGCCGCAGCGAGAACGCGAGCGUGUUCAUUUUCGAUAAGAAGGCCAUCAACCAGGACAAGACUCUCGACCGAAGGACAAAGGACCGCGUCUUUGAGCUGGCGCGACAAGGCGCAAGCCAGCUGCAAAAGCUGCGGCAUCCCAACGUGUUGCGAAUCGUGUUUCCCGUGACGGAGAGCAAAGACUAUAUCGCCUUUGCCACAGAGCGCGUCGUUGCCAGCCUCAGCAAUUUGCUUGGCAAAUUCGACAACCUGCCAAAGGUGUCGCUCUCCAUCAAGCAAUAUGAGCUGGACGAGCUCGAGUGCUCCAUCGGCAUUUCACAGGUGUGCGAUGCGCUGUCGUUCUGCCACGACCACGCUCAGCUCAUCCACGGGAACGUGACGCCAGAUGCCAUUGUCGUGACGCAAGAUGGCUCGUGGAAGCUUUGGGCAUUUGACUUUGCGUGCCAUGUCAAGUACCAGGAGCCUGGUGCUGGUGUUGAAUUCCCGGAGUACAGCGACACCACCCCCCGCAGCGCUGCCGGCCGCGCCACACAACCCGCCCUCGACUACCUCGCCCCAGAGUACAUUGUGUCUCGGACGCGGAGUGUUGCGAGCGACGUGUAUUCGCUUGGGCAUGUCAUCUUCGCUUGCUUCAACCACGGCCGCCCAAUUCUCGAGAGCAACGGCAACGUCCUUGCGUUUCAAAGCAACGUCGAACGCAUUUCACGCAUGUCCGCAGGAGAGCUGUCGGAAGUUCCAUCCGCUCUGCAGGACUUGGUCAAGUCGAUGCUCAACACACACGAAUCCUUACGGCCGACGGCGCGCGACGUACCGCAGCACCAGUCGCUCAACACCACGCCGAUGCUCACCCUCCGCUUUGUCACGUCCCUGCAUGAGAAGGAUAACCCAACCAAGGCGCAGUUUAUGAAGGAGCUGCCGAAAGUGCUGCACUCUCUCCCGCGACGCGUCGUGCACCAGAGGGUGCUACCUGCGUUACAGCGCGAGUGCAAGCAGUCGCUCAUGGCGCCGUUUGUGCUGCCCAACAUCCUCACCAUUGCCGACGGCUGCAGCAUUGUGGAGUUUGAGAAGGACAUCCUGCCCCACCUCAUGCCCCUCUUCAGCGUCACAGACCCCGUGCAGGUGCAAGCCAUCUUCUUGGGGAAACUCUCGCUGCUGCUUGAAAAGAGCCCGAGCAACAUCGUGAAGCAGCACAUUCUGCCAAUGAUUUAUCGAGCGCUUUCCUCCAAAGACAGCAGCGUCGUCGGGUUGUGUUUGCAGGUCCUUCCGUCUGUCAUGAACACCAUCGACUACGCGGCGAUGAAGAAUGAACUCCUCCCUCUCGUUCAGCGGCUUGUUGUGACGACGACAGAUGCGAAGUUGCGCAUCAACGGGCUCGUGUGUCUCGGCCAGCUCCUCCCCGUUAUGGACAAGUGGAUCUUCCAGGAGAGCAUGUUGCCGAUGCUGGAGCACGUGAAGCAGCGAGACGCCGGCGUCGUCAUGGCCAUGCUGGGCGUCCUGCACCAGGCGCUGCGCGACAAAGACAAAUAUGGCCUGGAUGCGUGCUGUCUCUCCACCCGCGUGCUCGUUCUCAUUGCUCCGUUUAUGGCAGCGCCAAACCUCAACCUCAAGCAGUUCACGACGAUUGUGCGGCUGGUAAGGGACAUCACGACGUCGAUUGAGAACGAGCGGACGAAAGCGCUCAAGGAACGCGAAGUGCUUGCACGCCAGGCAGACUCCACCGUCGCUGCCAUGACACACAAGGAUGGAGCAUCCUCCUCCUCCACCUCGUCCCUGUCCGCUUUUCCGACCUUUGACACUGCAGGGGAACGCGACGUUCUAGCACGACUCGCCAAGAUGCCAACGCCAACAGCAACCACGCCGUCACCACCACCGCACACCACAGCACCAACAGCAGCAACGACAGCACCAACAGCAGCAACGACAGCACCAACAGCGACUGGCGCCUCAGCCGGCUCCAUCUUUGACGGAUUUGCGGUCACGUCGGCCGGUAUCUCGCUUUUAGGCACGACCACGACUGCAAGCUCAUCUGAUGCGACAAAAGAGGCUGUGUCAUCGUCAGUGCUACCGACGUCCGCCACAGCCAACACACCCGCGCCACCGCAAGCCGGUUCGGGGAUUGAUUGGUCGUCGUCGUCGUUAUGGGCAUCAACGCCGUCAAGCUCAACAGCAACAACGACAACAACAACAGCGGCACCGGCACCGGCUGGCGUCGUGAGGGCGGGUGGUCCUGCUACCGCGACACAAGCAACCACCACGGCUGCAUCGGCAGCGUUCUCGUCUUCGUUGCUGUCAGCGCAACCAUCGUCAUCGUCAUCAUCAUCUGCACCAUCUGCGCGCCUGGCCAAGACAACAGCGACGCAGGCGCAGCAACGCCGGCCUCAGAGCAGCACGUGGGCAACCAGCAUCUUUGAUGCACCAUCAUCAUCAACACCAGCAACAGCAGCAACGGCGACAACGCCGACAACAUCAGCACCUGCCAUGUCUUCAGCGAGUGCGAUGAUGCCAAUGACGUCCGUGUUUGACACAGGAGCGACAACACGGACGCAGCAAGCAAGCAGCAGUGGUGGCGCAGACACGGCCAACAUCAUGGGGCUGUUUGCACAACCACAAUCGCAACCACAACAGCAACAGCAGCAACAAGAUGUGUUUGCAUCCUUGAUGCAGCCGCAACGCAACACGGCACAGUCAUCCACAUCAACAUCAACGUCGUCGGCGAACAAAAAUAAUGAUCUGCUGGACCUGUUGUCCUGACACUCUUAGUUGUGUGUGUGUGUGUGUGUGUGUGUGUGUGUGUGUGUGUGUGUGUGUGUGUGUGUGUGUGUGUGUGU